UGGCGCAUGCGCGGUGGGGCGGCGGCGCGGCGGCGCGGGGGCAGCGCGGGUGAUGGCGGCGGGCAGGGUGCUGGUGUACGGCGGUAGAGGCGCUCUGGGGGCGCAGUGUGUGCGGUACUUUAAGUCCAGGAGCUGGUGGGUGGCCAGCAUCGACCUGACGGAGAGCGAGGAUGCCAGUGCCAGUGUGGUGGUGGCAAUGACAGACUCCUUCCCUGAGCAGGCUGAGCAGGUGACAGCAGAGGUUGAAAAACUUCUUGGUGAAGAAAAGGUGGAUGCAAUCUUGUGCGUAGCAGGAGGAUGGGCUGGAGGCAGCGCCAAAGCUAAAUCUCUAUACAAAAACUGUGAUCUAAUGUGGAAGCAAAGUGUUUGGACAUCAACUAUUUGCAGCCACCUAGCCACGAAACAUCUGAAAGAAGGUGGCCUCUUGACUUUGACGGGAGCUCAAGCUGCUUUAUCUGGAACCCCAGGGAUGAUUGGCUAUGGCAUGGCGAAAGGAGCAGUGCAUCAGCUUUGUCAGAGUUUAUCUGGUGCUGGUAGUGGCUUGCCAUCUGGUUCUGCUGCUGUUGCCAUUUUACCGGUUACCUUAGAUACACCAGCAAACAGGAAAUCAAUGCCUGAUGCAGAUUUCAGCUCUUGGACACCCUUAGAAUUCAUUGCUGAAACCUUCUAUGACUGGGUAACAGGAAAGAAUAGACCAAACUCAGGGAGUCUAAUCCAGGUUGUAACUACAGGAGGGAAGACUGAACUAAUUGCAGCACAUCUUUGAUGUCAGUCACUUAAGACGGUGGAAAUCAGCAAAGGAGAAGAUAUGGAAAAUCUGUCUACCAAUAUAAUUUGGAUGGUCUUCUGUAUCCAGUGAUUGUGGUUAUGUCAUUAAUGGAACCAGAUUUCAAGUAAUAUUUCUGUACUGUCAGUUGUGAGCUGUCGGCAUUUGUUUACCAACAAGUAUUAAGUAUUUGUCUCUGAAUGAAAGUUGCAGGCCUUAAUGUCCGUAAAUAUCCUAAUUCUGAGCAUUAUAUAUGUUGACUUACCUGUUUUCUCUGAAGUGGCAAUUGUGCUCAAUUAUGUCACGUAAUCACAUCUAUAAUGGUUGGAUUUUUUUCCUCAGUGAGUGUUUCUGGAAGCUUAUUGUGAAUCUGUCAGUAGGCUGUCUGUCCUUAUCUUUCUGAGAAUGUAACCCCACCAUGCAUAUUAUGUUGGCUGUAAUUAGAGGAAACAUUAGGGUCAUAUGCGAUGUUCUAGUCUUGUAACAUUUUUCAUGUGAAAGUUCCACUUCACUUAAUGGAACUGUAUAGAGAUUACUCAUUUGAGAAGGAGUAGCUAAUUUGCCUUACAGUUUAUAAGCUGCUAUCAGGCCUACAGCCUUAGGAUAGAACAGUUGUACUGCCAAAUGAUUAGUAUGUUUUUGUGUUAGUCAUGAUGAUUCUUCACUUUCUGAAAAAGCAAAGUGCUGUAAAGAAGUACUAGAAAAAGCAUACAUACACUUCUAUUUGAAUAUGGAACAUUUUGUGCUAAAUAAAUGUAUAUUAUUUUAUGUA